GGAUCAGUUGACGACGAAUUGGUGGCAAAGAAGCACGAUGUUUCGUUUCGGUGUACGCGGGAAGUCGGUUGGUGUCGACAGCAUCGAGAGAUGUCUCGAAUUACUGGGAAAUAUAAGGGAAUCGUCAGGACUGGCGACGAUUUCCAAGAUCCACCCGAGUCGUGUCGCUUCGGGGCCACUUUCCAAUUGUUUGAUCGAUUCCGAAGCACGCUCAAAUAGGAAUGAAGAUUGCCGUUCAGCGUCGACGACUACGCCGGCGUCGGAACCGAGGAAGACUUGCCUGUACGACCUUCACGUGGAAAAUCUAGGAAAGAUCGUCAAUUUUUCUGGAUGGCUGCUACCAGUUCAGUAUCAGGAAGCCAUAGCUGCGUCCCAUCAGCACACGAGGACUUUCGCCUCGUUGUUCGACGUUGGUCACAUGAUGCAAACACAAAUUUCUGGUAAACAUGCCACCGAAUUCUUGGAGUCCCUCACAACCAGCGAUUUGAAAAAUUUGGGGAAAGGAUGCGCCGUGCUGACGUUGUUCACCAACGAGAACGGUGGUAUUCUAGACGACUUGAUCAUCACCAAGGACGACGAUAACAAGUACUUCGUGGUGUCGAAUGCUGGAAGAAGAGACGAAGACUCGCGGUUGCUCGUCGAACAACUGAAAGAUUUCAAGUCCCGAGGGAAAACGGUGGACAUAGAGUUCCUGGAUCCUCUAGAGCAAGGUCUGAUUGCGCUCCAAGGGCCCACCGCGGCAACAGUUCUUCAAACGCUGGUGAAGAUCAACUUGAAGAAGCUAAGAUUCAUGAACAGCGUGGAAACUGAAGUAAUGGGAAGCAGAAUCAGAGUGUCGCGUUGCGGAUACACUGGAGAGGAUGGGUUCGAAAUUUCAAUGCCUGCCAAAAUUGCCAACGACCUUACUCGGAAGCUCUUGGAGACGCCUGACACGAAGUUGGCUGGACUAGGAGCUAGAGACAGUUUAAGGCUGGAAGCUGGUCUUUGCCUGUAUGGACACGACAUCGACGAGACUACUACUCCAGUUGAGGCAGGACUUACUUGGCUUGUGUCUAAAAGAAGAAAGGAGGAAGCAAACUUCUCCGGUGCUUUGAGGAUACUAUCGCAAAUCGAGGUGGGUCCCACGAGAAAACGUGUGGGCCUGAUGCUUGGAAACAGUCCACCAGCCAGAGAAGGAGCGGUGAUUUUGACUCCUGCGGGUGAACGCGUGGGUAAAGUCACUUCCGGUGGGCCCAGUCCGACUCUCGGUCGACCCAUUGCCAUGGGUUACGUGCCCCCAGAGUUGGCACAGUAUGGCGGUGGAGUGCUGGUUGAAGUUCGAGGGAAGACUUACAAAGCUACAGUGACGAAGAUGCCUUUCGUAAAGACGAACUAUUAUACGCCUAAAUGAUAAACAAGCACUUCCGUUUCGCAUACGCACGAAACCGAAAUUCAUCCAUUAAUGGAAGUUAGAUUUUUUAGACUUUCUAUUUCACUUUCGUGAGUAUACAGUGGGUGUAGAAAGAAUGUAUUCGUACACCGAUCAAUUUCCCAAAAAACUUUUGUGUGAAAUUGUAGUUUCUUAACUUCUCUUUUUUAUAGUCAAUGAUAUUUUACAUAUUAUCGGAAGUCUCUAAGAUAGAUAUAGACUAUACAACAUUUACUAGUUAAUAUAAUUUAUGAAAUUAACAAAAAAUAUGCGAAAAGUGGGUAAAAGUGGGUAGAAGCAAUAAGUAUUUGUACGGUUCUUAUGACGAAUCAUUUACAGUAGAGUUUGUAACGUAAACACAUUAGUUUGUUGCACCGUACGAAUGAGAAAACAUCAAAUUUCCAGGAAACUACUUUUGAAAAUGGCUCUAAUAGAGGAAUUGAAGAAGAUCCCACUUCUUAAUAACUUCUAACUAAUAAUUUAGUUAAUUUAAUGAUUAGAAGAGUUGCAAUAAUUGUAAAAUCAAAAGGAAAUCCCACGAAGGAAGUAUUAUAUACUUGUAAAUUAAUGUAAAUUUCUUUUUUUUUUAAUGAAGUUUUAAAAAUUAAACAGUUAUACGAAUACUUUUUUUUUUUUUUUUUUUUGGGCGGGUGGAAAAACCUUCAUAGGCACCGAGCGCCGGUGGACGAUGCCAGCGUCCGGUAGUGUGAGAUUCCUACUCACUAAAAAACCACCCGCUUCCCACGUUAGCCCCCCGGACCAGACCUGCUUUCGCAUAACAACAGUCCGUGGGCGUGGCAACUAGGCCCCGUUAGGGCCUCCGCCGGUCGGAUAGAACCGAAGCUAGGGGGAGCCCGGAGUAUCAUCCAGGCAUCCCUCCUCUCUCUUGCGACGCAGCACACGCUCCACGUAGUGCGCGACCGCUUCCCAUUCGGUCGGCCCCCGCAGCAUCACCCCCACGAUGUUGUCGGGGGUGACGUCUCCUACGAGGGCGCCGAGAUCUACCUUAUCUCUGGCGAAGCGGUCACACACGAAGAACGUAUGGAGCGCGUCGUCCCUUGCUGCGUCGCAAUACCGGCAUCCCGGGGAUCCGACCUUGCCCAUCCUCGACAGGUACGUACGGAAGUACCCGUGGCCUGUGAGGAACUGGGUGAGGUAAAAAUUCACCUCACCAUGGGUCCUGGAUAUCCAGAUGGCCAGAUCCCCUAUAUACGAAUACUUAUUGCUUCAAUAUUUCUAUCGAUUAAUUGUUUUUUCUUGUUAAUUUCGCAACUUACAUAAAUAACUAUAUUUUUUUUGUUACUCUAUCUAUUCUAGAGAUUUCCGAGAAUAUGUAGAAUGUCAUGGUUUAUAAAAAAUAAGUAAAUAAAUUACAAUUUUACAUAGUUUUUUUUUGGAAAUUGAUCGGUGUACGAAUACUUACACCCACUGUAGGUAUUAUCAGCAGUUUCGUAAACACAAUUACGUUUGGACUAUCAUUAAUUAUAUGUAAUUGCAAGUCACUUUAGUAAUAAUUCGAAUAAUACAUACAAUUAGAUAUAGUCCAAAUAAUAUUACAUUUGGCUUUCUUCACUUUCAUCUAAAAUAUCUUGCCUAUGUUUUGGUAAUAAUCUAAUUAAGAUUUAAUGCGAAAUAGAAAAAUUUUUGUAAAAAGAUCGAUUCCUAAAAACAAAGUGCUACCCUGUAUGGACAUGUGAAAACGAGCAAUACUGUUUCUUGUAAUCGAGUAAUAUAACUCUACUGGUAAGACUGUAGAAAAAUUUAGAUUUUAUUUAGAUUUAGUUAGUUAUUGUAAAUUACAAUCACUUUUUUACCAUACUGUACUACGUUAGUCUAAUGUAAAAUAAUUUUUGGAAAAAAAAUAUAUCCGACUUCGAAAAAAUAUAAAAAUUGCGCUAAAAAGUAUGAAAUAAUUUCUAGUUAAUUGAUAUGAAUACUCACCAGUUCUAGAUAUAAUUGCUUAAAAGUACGAAAUAAUUUCUAUUUGCUUUAUAUUAAAUUAUGUU